CAGAAACAGAAAGAAAGAUGAUUUUUUCUCUUUCUGAAUAUAUAAUCAAUAAUAAAUUUGUAAAAAACUACAGAUCAUUAUGUCUCUUUUCGGCUGUGAUUCUUUUUCAAUGUUUUCCAUACUCUUAAUGUUUCUACACUAAUACUUCAAGUGGUUUGUCAAAGCUAAUCACAUAUUCUAUAUUCCAUUAUAUUAUGUAUGAUUUCCGUACUAAAUGAUAAAUAUCGGUUAAGUAUAGUGUAUUUUUAUCUACAAUCAUUCAAACAAUACUUUUUUUAUCCAUGUUUAAAAUAGAAAAAAUGAGUAACACCACGUUAUACUUUGCUUACGGAAGUAAUUUACUCAAAUCUCGAAUUUUAAUGAAUAAUCCAACUGCAGUAUUCAAAGAUAUUGCGAGAUUAGAGCAUUAUCGACUAGAUUUUAUAGAUGAAUCUAAAACAUGGAAAGGAGCUCCUGCCACAAUUAUUCCAAUAAAUAAUAGUUGGGUGUGGGGUGCAGUAUGGGAAAUUAAUAAUGAUCAGAUUGAGAAUUUAGAUAAACAGGAAGAAGUACAUGUGGGAAAAUAUAGAGUAUUGUAUGUUGAUGUUACUAACCCUGAUGGAAAGGUUUACGUAUGUCGAGUCUAUCAGACGACUAAAAUGGUAGAAAAUCCUACAGAACUGUCGAAACUACCGGAUGAUAGAUUACCUUCAUUAAUAUAUUUGAAAGUAAUCGUUAAAGGUGCCUUAGAUUGUGGUUUACCUCAUGAAUAUGUUGAAUUUCUUAGAAGUAUUAGGCACAAUGGAUAUAUGGAUGAAGAAAGUCCACUUGGAAAGGAAGUAAGUCGCAUUCAACUUGAUUGAAAAAAAUUUUUAUAAAUUGACUAAAUGUGAUAAAAGGGAUCACGUUUGACAUUUUGAUAAUUUUCAAAAGUAUUAUACAUUUCAU